AUGCCCAGCAGCAUCACAGGGAGCCCCAGACCCAGGUCAGAGCCAGGGGGCCAGGAUGGCCUCGUCUCUGUGGGACCCAACCAUUACCUUUCCCGGGGUAGCAGCACCAGCCAGGAGUCCUGCUAUGAGGAGCGAUCUGUGGACCCGGUGGAGGAGAGGCCCCAGGAGCACCAGGGGCCCAAGGGGACCCACCACAAGGCACACUGCAGGGACGCGCAGAGCAGGGAGGCUGAGGAGACCAUCGGCUUCAUCCCCAGAUCAGCAGACUCUCCUCCAGGGGUUCAAGGGUGUGGUCCCUGUGCAUCCUCCUCCCCAGGCAGCUGUAAGAAAUGGGUGUGCAGCGUGCUGACUUGUGGACUCUACAGGGUGUGUCUGAGCACCAUCCUGGCCCCCUGCCUGGCCUCCAGUCCCAGAGGGAUGUCCCCAGACGACGAUCAGAAGGUCAGCCUCCAGGGUCUCCAGAGCCACCCUGGGACCAACGAUCCCCGACCCAGGAAGGAGGGCAGGGGUAGUGGCUCAGAUUGGUCGGAGGACAUCUACAUCAGAGGGGUCAAAGUGGACAUUCCUAGAAUGGAGGAGCCGGUGGUCAUUACCAGGCCUCCGUUACACAAUGGCGGAGGAGGGAGACGGUACAGCCCUCCGUCCUACUCCUGGUACGAGGGGGAUAUGGGUGAUCUGAGCAUGGGUGACGUGGACUCUCUGAUCACCCAGAAGCUUCUGGAGCUGUACUCUGAGUACCAGAUUGAGGAGCUGGCCCACUGCACCUCGGACUCUGUGUUCCUGAAGAAGACCAGUGAGAUCAGCCAGCUGAUCAGUGUCCUGGCUGAGGAGCAUCAGCUUGAUGAGCAGGACGCAGAAUGUCGACUGGUCAAGGGCAUCAUCAGGUAGCUACCAUUCACUGCCGUUUGCUGGUAGGGUUUAACUGCCUUGAUCAAGGGCACAAUGGGUGUGUGUGUGCAUGCAAGCGGUUGGGAAUGUGACAGCAAAUCAAUACAUUUCCUUUUGUAAAAUGGACAAUAAAGUUGAUAUACUAUUUUAAUCUAUUCUAUUUUAUUUGAUCAGGAUCAGCACUAGGAAGAGCAAGAAGAGACCUCAGUACAAAAGGUCACACAGGAGAACCUCCGACAGCGGUAACGAAACCAUGAGCAACUACCAAACAUCAACCAUCAGCAAUAACAGUAAGCAACAUCUUUACUGAUAAACAACAGCUUUUCCCUUAUUUUACAUACUUGUUGAAGUAAUACUUCAUAGUCUUUCAUUUGUUAUUACACUGUUAGUUGACUGUCACUCUGUUUGUUGUUUUUUACCUCGAAGAUGAUUAUGAUAUCCAGAUAUCCAAGGAGUCAGAUUCUGAUAUGAACGCUAGGAACAUGAGGAUGAACAGUGGAGCA